AUGUCCACCCCGGACCCCCAAUCACCAACUCAAGACCAAUCCCUCCAACAAGAACAACCCACAAUACAGAACCGUCUCCCAGUGCACACCCACCACUGCCGCUUCUGCAACCACCUCCUCCUAGCAACAACCCGCGACAUGGCCUCCCUCCCGCGCCGCAAAGACCCCGCCAAAGACAAAGCCAUCAUCCUCCCCCUCCCGACAUCAGACACCUCCGAGGACCCAGGACAAGAACACUACAGCAUCCUCCUUUCGACAACGGUACCAGAUCGCAAGGCGACGCUCGUCCGGCGCGAGGAUGGCUUCGAGAAGAGAUUGUUCCUGCGGUGUGGACGGUGCCGGGUUGUUGUCGGGUAUUUCUUGGAUGGGGUGCUUUUUCCGAUGACUUCUGUUGCUGCUCCUGCUUCUGGAGGUGAUGGGGAGGAAGGGGAAAGGAAGGAGAAGGUCGUUUACUUGCUUCCGGGGGCAUUGGUAGAGACGGGGGCUAUGGGGGAUGAAGCGGCAUUGAAGGGCGUUGACGAUGAAUGGAGGGGGUGGAGCGCGGAGGCUUAG